AUGUAUUCGAUUGUUGAUAGUCAGAAAGGCUCGAAGGUGAUCCGUUUCCAAGACAAUCUCUAUCGAUUACAAAAACAUAACAAGAAUGGCAGUAUUAGAUGGAUUUGUACGAAUCGAUAUUGUUCAUCAUCCAUCACAAUAAGAAAUCAAACGAUUGAAAAUCAAAGAGGACAACACAAUCAUGAUAAAGUUAAACGUUCGGCAUCUAUUAUGAACGCUUUCAAACAUAUGAGACAAGAGGUUCGGAAUGAUGUUGGCAAGCCAGUUACUCAGAUUUACACAGAAUUUGUUUCGGAAUACAGACACAUCAAUGGCACUGCUGAAUCAGUACCGAUAUUUGAUACAAUAAGAUCGACAUUGUAUCGAGAUCGAUCAACUGUUUUGCCGAAACAUCCAAGAUGUAUUCGAGAUCUCAUUGUGCCGGAUUACUUCAUGAAAAAUCUAUAUGACGAAAUGAUGCUGUUCUGUGAUCAGAGAAUACCGACACGAAUAUUGGCUUUUUGUUCGUUGAGUGCUUUAAAAGAACUCGAUUUGGUCGAAGAUUUGAAAAAAGAAGAUAUCAAACGCCAAGUGGCAAAUAUUUUAUCAUUACCAUUAUUGCCACCGAAUGAAAUCAAUAGGGCAUUCAAAGAAUCAUACGAUAUGCUUUUAUCGGUCAAUGUUGAUUUUCUUCCAUUUUUCAAAUAUGUAAAGAAAACGUACAUCGUCAAUGCGAGAUUUAAUUCCUCGAAUUGGAAUCAUUAUUCUACUCUGACUGAUAGACCACGAACAAAUAACCAUCGGUUAAUUGCCAAACCAAAUAUCUGGAAAUGGAUUAUGCAAAUUCGAAAAGAUGAUGAGCAAACAAUCAUUCGACUCGAACAGGAAAAGAAACAAAACAGAUCAACAAGACCUCGAAAAAGAAAGAAUAUUGUUCGUGAUAUUUGCUUGUCUGGCUUAAAGACUUUAUCGACGCCCGACAAAACAUCGUACCACGUAAUUCAUGCAAAUCCUACAUUAUUAUUUGAAAAUAAUAUUAUGCUCGGCGUUUUCAUUAAAAAUUUCAUUCAUUUACUCUUGUUAGCUGUUAUUCAACAUAAAUGCACAUUUGUAAAUAUAGAUGAUGGCUUACCCAAGUCUUCUAUAUCUGACUUGAUCAAAAUAAUCUCUCCACAUAUCGCUACACUACGUUCGCAAUGUGUUCAAUGUUAUCUACCAAUUUGUCACAUAAGUGUUUCACAGAUUGCACAUCUUGUAGUGAUGAAUAAAACCAAUACAUGGACUUUAGCGAUCGACUUGAGCGUUUAUUCAAAAAAUCAACAAUUUCGAUUAUUCGAUUGUAUUAAAAUGGGAAAGCAUAAUGUUCUUCAUCAGUCAACUAUUUAUCCAUUUUGUAAUCAAUCUGAAAUCGCUUAUCGGGACAUACUGACAAAAUCGUUGACCACGUAUAAUCCUGAUUUACUUCAUUUGCCACAAAUUUCAUUUAUUAACAAUCAGUUUCAUUUGGAACACAACAAUUCAUCUCAUAUCAUUUUGAAAUCCGAAAAUAUUGUCGAGAUGUUGCAACUUAUGAAUUACCAUUUCAUCACCUAUUUUUCUCAUAACACAAACUCUAAAAGACCAUCGUCAUCGAACGAAUCGCAAUUUCAUUGCAAAAAAUUCAACAAUCGUUCAACAAGCACGAAUUUAGAACCUGAUCAAUAUCGAGCGUUUGUUCAAAAACUAAUCACCUCUGAUCCUAAUCAUUCAGGAUAUAUUUAUUCAUGCGUUUCAGGUGAUUACAAUAGAAAUCUUUUGUUUUUCAAUAUUACCGGUAAUUUUCGAUAUUGUCCAAGAAAAGGUGAUCAUCAUAAACGCAAUUCCGUUACAAUAAUAAUCGAUACGCGAAGCAAUGACUAUACAAUUCGGUGUAAAGAUUCUGAAUGCAACAAUACAAAACUGACUUGGACUCCAAUCAAAUAA